AUGUCACACCCUGUGGGAAAUUCAUCCGUUGCGCCGUGGUAUCAGGUCCCAAAUACGCCUAUUCUUUCUGUCGAGCAUCCGUGCAUCAUUCAAAAUGUCAACAAGGCUGUACAGAUGCUUGGAGGGGCCCAUGAGAUCUCACAGUGCCUCGAACCCAACGCCGACAAACCCUUAGGGCUUAGUUUCCAACCUGACGACCCUUCCAGCCGGACAGUGAUAUCUUACAACAGGAAGACUAACAACCUCCUGCUUAAAUUCACUGUACCGAAGCGGACAGAGAGGAAAAGAAAGCGCGGCUCUGACCAGCCCUUUGUGGACCACUCUACAGAUCCUUUUCAAAGGAGGGACUCUAGGUAUCUUCUCCGCUCACUCAGAGACAACCCUCACGCAAAUGAAGCCGAGGUUGUGGGUGUUAUCCGCUCGACACACGUCUGGCGGACCAUGCCUGAUUAUGUAUAUUCCUCAAAAGGAUCUACCUUCCUCAGCCAAUUGCAAACGAAAAUCCUUCCCCAGAAAUAUCCGCGACUCAAACAAUGGUCUUUUCCUCGAACCUAUGGUCUGAGCGACCCGGAGACUAUACCGCCCCCGGUAUGGUCAACGCAUGGUCUCCCACUCAACUAUACCUACCGUCAAAACCCGGCCGUGAGGAUGGUGGCAGAUCCCGUGACUGGCAAGCCAACGUUGCGCAAUAUCCAGGCUCCGAAGAGGUUGUUUACAAUCCAGUGUCACUAUGACGAUGAGAAGUGGCCAGAUGCACCGCAUCCAAGUUGCGUUCCCCUGUCACAGCUACCAGAACCACACCAGAGGGUGUACAACAUCAUGAAAGAUCUUUUCGAAGAAAGGCCAAUUUGGACUCGUCGAGCCCUACUCAAUCACUUCCCUGAUGACUCACCAAUGUUCUUGGCUCGACACCUGCUCGCAUACGUUGCAUUCGCCAUACGGUCGGGCCCUUGGCGAGACACCCUGUGUAAACUAGGGGUAGACCCGCGAACAGAUCGCUCUUAUCGCAAGUAUCAGAGCAUUCUCAUACAACUGGUACCGCGUCACCGAGAGCAGGCCGAGAAUCGAGACGACUUCAGUCGCGUUUGGGUCCGAAGUAAGGAUAAGAUGUCUCAUACGUUCACGGGCAAGCAAAACAUUCCGCCGGAUGGCAAGGUGUGGCAGCUGUGUGACUUGCAAGAUCCACAGCUGAAGCGCUUGAUAGACGUCCCGGACAUCUAUAUCCGCCACGAGUGCGAGAGGCGAUAUUUUGGAUGGUAUCAGAACGGAACAAUAGCCAAACUACGCAUCGCUCUGAAAGCCAAGGUCGAUGCGCUUGUUGGCGGUGAGCCAGUGGACGAAGCGGCAUUGGAGAGAUUUUUGAGGCUACCCGAGCGUUUUGAUGCAUCUGAAGCAACGAAGACCAAUGAACCCUCCAGCGAUCCAGUGGCCGGGUAUCUGCCAAACGAUGCCAGUAAGAAGGAGCUGGAGUGGGCCAGCGCGUUUCGUGCUUUGUGCCGUACGCUACAGGGAUCCCUUCCAGCCGCGGGUGGCAGCGGAAAGGGGAGACUUAGCAAGACCAAGCCAUCCACAAGACCUAGCUUCAUCGACGCCGAGGAGCCCCGUGAUACGGACGAGCUUGAUGCAGCAGAAGGUUAUGGAGAACCAGAGGAGGGCGAUGAUGGGCUGAACGAUCAGGAGCACGAAGAAGAUGACAAUCCUGAGGACGAUCUUUCAACCAACAAGACCAAUCGCCUGGUUCGCGAUGUGACUUCAUGA